GGGCCGCGGCGACAUUGUGCGGGCUGGGCGGCCGGGCCGCGGCGCAAUGGGUCCGGGGCAGCCACCGCGGUAGCUCGACUAGAGCGGCUCCGAGAGCGGGCGGGCGGCGGGCGCAGAGGCGGCGGCGCGGCCGGAGAUGCGCCCCGAGGAGGGCGGCGCGGCCGGGCUGGGCGAGCUGCGCUCGUGGUGGGAAGUGCCGGCCAUCGCGCACUUCUGCUCGCUCUUCCGCACAGCGUUCCGCCUGCCGGACUUCGAGAUCGAGGAGUUAGAAGCAGCUCUUCACAGAGAUGAUGUGGAGUUUAUCAGUGACCUGAUUGCCUGCCUGCUUCAGGGCUGCUAUCAGCGAAGGGAUAUCACGCCUCAGACCUUCCACAGCUACCUGGAGGACAUCAUCAACUACCGCUGGGAGCUGGAGGAAGGCAAGCCCAACCCCCUGAGGGAAGCCAGCUUCCAGGACCUGCCCCUUCGCACCCGUGUGGAAAUCCUCCAUCGCCUCUGUGACUACCGGCUGGAUGCAGACGAUGUCUUUGAUCUUCUCAAGGGCCUGGAUGCAGACAGUCUGCGCGUGGAACCUCUGGGUGAGGACAACUCCGGGGCCCUCUACUGGUAUUUCUAUGGAACACGAAUGUACAAAGAAGACCCAGUACAAGGAAAAUCCAACGGAGAGCUCUCUCUGAGCAGGGAAAGUGAAGGACAAAAAAAUGUCUCAGUUGUUCCUGGGAAAACAGGAAAAAGAAGAGGAAGACCUCCAAAACGGAAAAAACUACAGGAAGAAACUCUAGUGAGUGAAAAGCAGGAAGAAAACUCCUUAGCAUCUGAGCCGCAGACAAGAAAUGGGUCCCAGGGGCCAGGUCAAGGUUCUUGGUGGCUCCUGUGCCAAACAGAACAGGAGUGGAGACAGGUCACCGAGAGUUUUCGGGAGAGGACCUCCCUGCGAGAGCGGCAGCUCUACAAGCUCCUCAGCGAGGACUUCCUGCCCGAGAUCUGCAGCAUGAUUGCCCAGAAGGGGAAGCGUCCACAGAGGAUAUGGGCAGAGUUGCAGCCUGGGUGGGGGUCUGACCGCCUGUCUGUCAGGUCCAUUGAGCAAGAGGAGACCCCUGUACUCAGCAGGAUAGAAAAACAGAAGCGCAGGGAGGAGGAGGAGGAGCGCCAGACCCUCCUGGCCGCACAGAAGAGGGAACAGGAGCAGCUGCUGAAGGAGGAGAGGAAACGGGAGCUGCAGGAGAGGGUCAAGGCGGUGGAAGAUAGAGCCAAGAGGAGGAAGCUCAGGGAAGAGAGGGCCUGGCUGCUGGCUCAGGGGAAGGCACUCCCGCCUGAGCUGUCCCACUUGGACCCUCACUCCCCGCUGCGAGAAGAGAAGAGGACGAGAGACCCCUUUGAGCUGGAUGAUGAUUUCACUGCCAUGUACAAAGUUCUGGACGUGGUGAAGGCUCACAAGGAUUCCUGGCCCUUUUUGGAACCAGUGGAUGAAUCGUAUGCCCCUAACUAUUACCAGAUUAUUAAGGCCCCCAUGGAUAUCUCAAGCAUGGAGAAGAAACUGAAUGGAGGUUUAUACUGUACCAAGGAGGAGUUUGUGAAUGACAUGAAGACUAUGUUCAGGAAUUGUCGAAAAUACAACGGGGAGAGUAGCGAGUACACCAAGAUGUCAGACAACCUGGAGAGGUGCUUCCAUCGGGCAAUGCUGAAGCAUUUUCCUGGCGAGGAUGGGGACACGGACGAAGAGUUCUGGGUCCGGGAGGAGGAGAGGCGAGAGAAGAGGCGUGGGCGUGCGGCACGCAGCCACGUGUGCACCCGCUCCCGGGACGCAGAGGGUCCCAGCCGUAAGCAGCAGCCCGCAGAGAAUGGAGGGAAGUCGCUGCCCCCCGGGCGCCGCGCCGCCUCCUCUGGGGCUGGUCAGAGCAGCGCCUCCACGCAGCCCCCUGGCGAGGUGGGUGCCCCAAAUGGCCGUGGCCUCCCUGGGCCCCUGUGUUAUGAUGGACCCAGCCAGGCACCCCUCUCAAGCCAGCCGAGGCCAGCAGGACAGGGAACGUUUUGUCCUCUCCGAGGGUCCGAUCCUGCAACCGUCCGUGUCUCCUCUGGAGCCCCAGAGUCACAUCCCAGCGGGCCUGGACAGCAGCCCCAGCCUUUAGCAUUGCAGCCUCUAGCUGGAAUUAACCACCACCGAGGCCCCGGGCGAGGCCCCCCUGACGAGAAGCCAAUGUGUGGGGUGCUGGCGCCCCUUGCUGACAUGGGAUCGCGUCCUGGACCCUCGUCGCUCGGGCAGAUGAGCGGCCCCAGCCAGGAGGGGAAUAUGUAUCCCCCGACUCAUUUCCAGCCAGGGUUUAUCCCUCCCAGGCACGGCGGAGCUCCAGCCCGACCCCUAGACUUUCCCGAGAGCUCAGAAAUCCCUCCCAGCCACAUGUACCGAUCCUACAGGUACCUGAGUCGAGUACACUCUGCGGUCUGGAAUGGGAAUCAUGGUGCUGCAAACCCAGGACCCUUGGGGCCAGAUGAGAAGCCCCCUAUGGGGCCGGGACCCUCUCACCAGCCUCGAACUUUGGGUCACGUGAUGGAUUCCCGUGUGAUGAGACCACCCCACCUCCCAAACCAGUGGCCAGAACAAUCAGGCUUCCUACCUCAUGGAGUUCCUUCUUCGGGGUACAUGCGACCACCCUGUAAACCUGGCGGACAUCGAUUUCAGCCCCCUCCAGCCCCAGUGCCGGGUUCUCUGUUUGGAGCACCAGCCCAGGCCCUGCGGGGAGUGCAGGGUGGGGACUCCAUGCUGGACAGCCCAGAGAUGCUUGCCAUGCAGCAGCUUUCCUCCCGGGGGUGCCCACCAGGCGUGCCUUACCGCCCCCGCCAGCCUGUGCCCCCCAACCUGCCUGGCCCUUUCCCACCGGUGGGCAUAUCAGCCCCCAAGCCUGCCUCGGGGGACCCUGGGAGGACACAGGACAGCAGUGAAACACAGGAGCCUGAGAAUGGCCGAGCAGAUCCCUUGCCUGGGCUCGAGGAGAAACCAGCAAGUAUCGGUGCUUCGGAGGGGGAGUUCCUCAAGCAGCUACCUCACCCUGCACCCCUCCUGCAGGCCAACUGUGCCAGGCGGAGCUCGCCCCAGGGAAGGGACCCGGAGGGCCCAGAGCUCAGGCGCGAGUCUUCGGAAUCUGGAGACGGCUGUCCAGUGAGCUCGGGCAGGGCCACUUGGCUUUCGGGGAGCAGCUUCGCCAGCCCAGCCGCCCAGGGGUGCACCCUGGCAGACCCGGGAGCGUUGCCUGAGAACGGACUGAGGGUGGAAGCCUCCCCAUGUGGGCCUGAGGGCAAGGGCAGGGUGUCGCUGGAGGCCGUGCCACCCACAGAACCUGCGUGCUCCCCCCUGUACACGCCUGGCCUGGAGUAUCCCAGCUCUGCCACACGGUACCAUGUCGGCCCGGGCCUGCAGGCUGUGGGCCCCGUGAUGGGCGGCAAGCCCCAAGUCCCGCACUCUCAGCCUUUUCCCCCUCGGGCCUUUCAGUCUCACGACCCUCAUUCUGGAGUCUUCCCCCGGUACCGCCCCCCCCAGGGAAUGAGGUAUCCUUACCAGCCGCCACCGCAGCCUUCCUACCAUCACUACCCGCGAACUCCUUAUUAUGCGUGUCCCCAGGGCUUUUCGGACUGGCAGAGACACCUCCCCCCACCGGGAAGCCCGAGCGGGCCUCUGCCAGCUCAGCCUGCCCCUGCCAGGCCGCUCUUCCCCGAUAAGAGUGCUGGGGCCGGGCUGCAGGGCUGUGAGGCGCUGAGCGCUGCCUUGACUUCCCCCGCGCGGGUGGACGCCGUGGCUGCCAAGACAGCUGCUGGGCAGAAUCCCGGCCCGGAGGAGAAGCAGGAUGAGCCUGUGGAGAGGCCAGAGAGUCCCAAAGAAUUUUUAGAUCUGGACAACCACAACGCAGCUACCAAGCGGCAGAGUUCCCUGUCAGCCAGCGAGUAUCUCUACGGGACGCCCCCGGCACCGCUGAGUUCAGGCGGGGGCUUCGCUUCCCCUGCCUUCCCCCCGCACGGAGUGAUGCUGCAUGCAGGGCCUCCUUACCCGCCGCAGCGGCCAGCCGGGCAUUUCCAGCCCAGAGCUUACUCCUCCCCCACAGCCGCUCACCCGCCUCACCGCCCAGUGGCAGCCCAGCCCAACGGCCUGUCACCCGAGUGCCCCCUCUACCGCUACCCAGAAGAGGGCCUGGGUCACUUCCAGGCUGUGAUGAUGGAGCAGAUGGGCCCUGGAAGUGGGGUGAGGGCCCCUUUCCAGGAGAUGUACAGACCGUCUGGACUGCAGUUGCACCCGGUCCAGUCCCGGCCCUCGUUCCCAAAGACGCCGGCACCAGCAGCAUUGCAAGAAGAGCUGCCACCACAUAAGCCCCCGACACUUCCUCUUGAUCAGAGCUAGUCCAAGGAGGAAAGAAGCCCCAGGGAAACAGAAAGCUGCACAUGACGAGGGUAGAGAACGGGGAGGAGGGGGCACAGCCCUACCUGCCUUCCCAUCACAGUCAUCAUUUCGUGCAGCCCAGAGCCUGGACACCCCUCGUCACCGCUGCACCCGCUCACGAGGUCCUGAGCAAGAAUGGAGACCAGAUGGGCUGGACUCUGGUGGCAUUUCUAGGCCCUGAGACUCUUGUUCAGGGAAGAUCAUCCUGACCUGGGGGGGGGCGGUGCUGGUGGGCUGUCAUGGCAGCUGCACUCAGGUAUAUGUUUGGGGAAGGGACUACUCGUGUGGAUGUGUUUGGAACUGGGUCCAGUUUACAGAGUUUUCAUGUUGCCUUUAAGAUGAUUUCUGUCGUUGGUGGUGAAUGUAUUGUACAUAAAGUGGGCAGGGUGGGGUGGUGGGAUUGGAGUCUGGCCGGGGGGCGCAUAGCCCUGCUGACCCUCCUCUGUUUACAGCCCUGACCCACUCACACCUGGGGAGCUGGAGGAGGAGGGUGGGCAGGGCCAGCAUGUUGCCUCUGUUGGGCUCUUCCCUGUCAGCCCAAGGGGCAGCCCCCUUGCCUGGCGCCCUGGUCCUAGUCCGAGACAGCAGUGCCCCUCCUGGUUGGCUGGCUGCCCCACCAGAUAGUUGUAAACCAACAUCAGGAGCAUUUGCUCGUUAGAAGGUGAGGUGACGCGUCCCCAUCACAGACCUGCCAGGACUGUGGUCUAGAAAGCGUCACAAGCUUCCUGGCACGAAUCACAGUUUGUGGCAGUGACUACUCAGGUUUGUAUGUGUUUAGUAUCAAUAAAGAAGCUGCACAGUUUUUAAUAGGAAAAUGUAUUCUAUAGAUUUACAGCUUGAAUUUAGGAAUAUUUCAGUAUAUAUAGUUUUUAUUCGUUUUAUGUGAAUCAUAGUAAAAUAAGUCAUGGUGAUUUAAAAUAGCUAUCAAAAACAAGUUCUUGAAAUCACUUGUCUAUCUGUGAUAGGAAACAGUUUUACAGUAUUAAGUUACUUUAUUACAGUUCUAGAAGGAAACAACACUGGAUUCUCCCUGUUUAGCAUUCUUUCAUUUUAGCUGAGAUGCCACCAAAGUUAGAACUCAUAUGUUUUAAACUUUUGAAUAUCCCACAAAGGAGAAAAGAAAAAAAAAUGACUAAGGAAGAUGCCCUCAAGUUACAGGUUUUUGUAAAGAAUAGCGUAUUUUUAAGCAUGCCUUUGGGAUAGUAGAAAAGCUUCCAUAAAAUAUUGGUUGAUUGAUCUGCGCUUGUUUGUUAUAAAUUCAGUUGUGUGUGAGGGCCCAAGAGAACCUUCCCUCCAGUCCCAGCGUCUUUGAUGAAGCUGGAGUAAACCUGCGCUUUCAGUAGGAAAAGAAGCAAGUUGGAAACAUCCCUGUUGAAUACACAGAACCCAGGCACCAGCUCCAGACACGUGGAAGCUGACCUGUGGCGCCCGCGAGGCUGAGGCAGGUUGAGCACUGGGAACGUGGACACCUCCCAGAUAUAGUGCACAGACACAUGAAUUUUUCUUUAACAGACUUGAACUUUAAAUUUGGUGUCCAUUUUAAGUGGAGUGAGUAUCGGGGACUGUGUUCUUAUUGGAUCUUGGUUCCUGUUAGGACCCUGUCACUGGUGUGAUGUGGUUCAGGGUGGGGAAGUCAGCAUCGCCCCUCAGGAAUGGCGGGGUAGGGUUGCAGGUGGGUCUGGGUCAGCCCUCGAGCCAUGAAGGACCGUGCCCAGGACACUCUGCUUCCCGCAUGUCUGUGCAGCAGCUGGGAGGGGAGACCACAGCCCCGUGCAGCUGUUCUGGGCCCAGAGUCUUCUCCCCACUGGCUUUGAAGCUAGUUGGUGUGUGAGGCCAAGGGUGCCCCUGCCUUGAGCUGAACCAGCCCGGGGCAGGGCCAGGAGGGACCACAGCAAAUCUGCCUUUUUCUUCCAUCUGGUAGCCUCUGAGCCACGGUGCACAGCCCUCUCAGGUCACUCUGUCCCUCACCGCUGCCCCCCCGCCCCCACCCAUCACCCACCGCCUGAGGAGCUGUGUACAGGACAGGAGCCUCCCUUCUGGGUGAGUGGAACACUGAGGAGGCGCAGAGGGAGUGGAGUCCCGUGUUGUUACCGCAGUGAGCUGCUGCAUCCUUUGGCUGGCAGGGCUGUCCCUGGGUGGGGCCCCUGCACUCCUCCUGGUUGGAACGCGGCCUGGGAGGAGGUCCAGGAGGAGCCUUCCCCUGGGACCGCUUUAGGGGCUGGGAGGACUUCACGUCCCCCACUGACCUUAGUUAGAAACGGUCUCCCCAAGACCCAUGAGAAAUAAAAGAUCCAGAGAGAAAAGUAGAGCCUUUUGGAAGGUUUGUGGCUUGGGUUUUUUUCCCCCUCAGAGUCUGUCCAUUUAAAAUUAGCUCUUGGCUAAAGUUUAUUACAGUAAAUACAUAUGAAAAAUAAGGACAGACAUGCAGGUUCCCAUUCAUAACACUUUUCCCAUCUCACCUCUUAAAAGUGAAACAAACAAAAAGCCAGUGCGUCCAUCUCUCAUACUGGGUGGGGUAGGGGGACACUGGCCUGUUGUCAGCUGGACGCCAUCCCUGGGGCCCCAGGUGACUCUGAAAAGGAAAAUGUCCGUGUUGAUCGAAAGCCUUCAGCCAGUCUGGCCCCCGAGGCUGGCAGUGUUCUCGUGACUGGGCGACUGGGCCACUGUCCUGUGGGUUCAUCUGCCAGGUUGUCCCUUGUCUUAGUUCCUACCAGCUUCAGGAGUGGGCUGCGUGUCGUCCAGGACACCCAGCAUCACCUGGCCUGAGCUGCUUUCUUUUUUAAAUGGAAGUUUCAAUUUACAGCUAUACACUGCUCUUAAGUCCUGGUUUGAAAUUUCCCAGGAAGCCCUAACUCAGCAGCCCCGAGGCAGGGACAGUCACAGAGUGGCCACAGCUGGGGGGUUCGGAGCCCAGUUGAAAGGCCCACUGCAGAAAUUGGGUUGUGCAGGAGUUGGGACUGUUCAGCUGUGGCUGCUGGAGUGCAGGGUCCCCAGCCAGGGGCUGAGCCCGUAACUGGACUUGCUUCCUGUUCUGGGACUGGACUCUCCCUGGGGCCUUCCCUGCUCUGCGCCAUCUCUUGUGAGGCUGGCUGCUCCUCAUCCCCACUGUGCUUCACAGUCCCUGGCCAAGCAGACGGUCAGUGGAACACCUGCCCAUUGGUCUCCCGCAUUCUGCCCCAGGAGUUGAUAUAGAAAUGCCUCAAACCAGCUGACUGUCCUGUGUUUAUGAAAAGGGUAGGUGGGUUCGGGAGUGAGUUACUGAACUCUGACCCUCCUCCCCAGCUGGGGCUCGUGCCCGGCUCUCCUGCUGCAGAAGCCUGUGAGCUUUCCUGGCCAGUACUGGAAAGGGGAAUGCUAUUUAUUUUUAUAUUGUGUAUAUUUUGUCUGGUCUGCUGAUUCCCUGUUUUCACUGAGAGCCACACUUACCUCAGUAGUUAGUUCUAUACUGUGUGUUGGAUAAUUUUUUAAAAAGAACAUUUUAAAAAGCUUUUUGAUCCUUGGAGGUCUGUAGAUUUAUUUCCAUAUGAACUGGUUAUUUUGUAUAAAG